CUCCAAAGGAAAGGAGAAGUAGAAUUGUGGGUAGAACAGACUGUCAAAAUGGAGGUCUUCUACUUGUACUCACGUGUUUGACUGACUUUUCACCUGUAAUGAAAAAAAUCUUAUCUUAAUAAUACAAUUCUUUUAAAUGUGCUAUUAUUACAAUCUCGCCAAUAUUGAACGAUUAUAGUCUGUAAUGCAGUUUUAUUUUGAAAGGAAAAUCAAGAAUUCUCAGUUUUAUUGUGCUGGGUUUGACAGCGGACGCCGGAAGUGUCGCGUGACUCGUCUAGGGUUUGAACACAUCUGGUAACGGGCACCCAUUUCUCCUUCACUCCAACUCUGUAAGAAAGAAAACAGGGUAUCGAGGAUUUAACAUAGUCAUGUUGUGAACCGUGAAAGUAAAUGCGCCAUAAUAUUAGAACAAUAAUGGCGAAUAGACACUGCUGUAUGUCGCUUACUGGGCAGUAACGGUCCUCAGCUGCUGUGCCGUCAAGAAAUCCCCCUGAGGAAAGUGGUGACAGUGAAACAGGCAGCUAAGCGGAAAUACAGACGCGGCUCGCUGCUAGCACUAAACACAGGGAGGGAGACAUAGUGGAUUCCGUUUGGGAGCUGUUCAUCCUCGCCCGGCGGUUCUCUGUAGACCUCGACCCGUUAUAAGCACAGGUUAACGGUGUCACAUCUGGAAUGACAACACCGAGCUUCUGCAGAUCUGAAUCAGCCUGAAAAAAAAUGAGCAGGAGAAGGAGAUAAAGUGGCGGUGCCUGUUGGCUUCCUGCAGGAUACAGCACGAGCUUUUUUUUUUUUUUUUUUUUCGUGGACAUGCCUUCUGUAUGGAGAAAAGCUGAGCUGAGCUAGCUGGCUGGAUCAGUCUGGCUAGCGCAAUAUCUCCAGGGUUUUUGGAUGACUUUUUAGCACAGAGGCUGAUUUGUUUUGGAUCAUCCUCUGGUGAGCAGUCAGCAUGGGGGAGCCCAAUCUGGACGACGCCAAUGUCAAGGUGGCAGUUCGAGUCCGGCCCAUGAACAGGAGAGAAAAGGAACUCAACACAAAAUGUGUCGUGGAGAUGGUGAAGAACCAGACGAUCCUCAACCCUGCAGGAACAAACCUUGGAAAAGGAGACUCGAGGAGUCAGUCCAAGGUCUUUGCCUACGAUUACUGCUUUUGGUCCAUGGAUGAGGCAGAUAAAGAGAAAUUUGCAGGUCAGGAGGUGGUGUUCCAGUCCCUGGGGGAAAGUCUUCUCUACAACGCCUUCCAGGGCUAUAAUGCCUGCAUCUUUGCCUAUGGACAAACUGGGUCGGGAAAAUCGUACACAAUGAUGGGAUCAGGAGACCAGCCCGGUCUCAUACCUCGCCUGUGCAGUGCUUUGUUUGAAAGAACCCAGAAAGAGCAGAGGGAGCAGGAGAGCUUCACUGUGGAGGUUUCAUACAUGGAGAUCUACAACGAGAAGGUCCGGGAUCUGCUCGAUCCCAAAGGGGGUCGUCAGACAUUGCGGGUGAGGGAGCAUAAAGUGUUGGGUCCGUAUGUGGAUGGUUUGUCUCGACUGGCUGUGGCGUGCUAUAAGGACAUUGAGUCUCUCAUGUCGGAGGGGAACAAAUCUCGAACCGUAGCAGCCACCAACAUGAAUGAAGAGAGCAGUCGAUCGCAUGCCGUCUUCAACAUCAUCCUCACACACACACUCAAGGACCUGAAGUCUGGGACGAGUGGUGAGAAGGUGAGUCGGUUGAGUUUGGUCGACUUGGCGGGAAGUGAACGAGCAGCAAAAACAGGAGCAGCCGGAGAACGCCUGAAGGAGGGAAGCAACAUCAACAAGUCUCUGACGACUCUGGGUCUGGUGAUCUCUGCACUGGCUGAACAGGGAACUGCAAAAAACAAGACCAAGUUUGUCCCAUACAGAGACUCUGUUUUGACAUGGCUGCUGAAGGAUUGUCUGGGUGGCAACAGUCGCACAGCGAUGGUUGCGACUGUGAGUCCAUCAGCUGACAAUUAUGAGGAGACACUGUCCACGCUGCGCUACGCAGACAGAGCAAAGAACAUCGUCAACCACGCCGUGGUCAACGAAGAUCCCAACGCCCGCAUCAUCAGGGAGCUGCGAGAGGAAGUGGAGAAGCUACGAGUACAGCUGACACAGGCAGAGUCUUUGAAGGCUCCGGAACUGAAGGAUCGCCUGGAAGAAUCUGAGAAGUUAAUUCAAGAGAUGACCGUCACAUGGGAGGAGAAACUCCGCAAAACUGAGGAGGUUGCACAGGAGCGUCAAAAGCAGUUGGAGAGUCUGGGAAUUUCUCUCCAGUCCUCAGGGAUUAAAGUCGGGGAGGACAAGAGCUUCCUUGUCAACCUUAAUGCUGAUCCUGCUCUUAAUGAACUGCUAGUCUACUACCUGAAGGAACACACAAAGGUGGGCUCAGCAGACUCUCAGGAUAUCCAGCUCUGUGGGAUGGGUAUCCAGGCAGAACACUGUGUUAUUGACAUCACAGCUGAGGCUGCCGUGAUCCUCACCCCAUAUCGCAAUGCUCGGACUUGUGUUAAUGGCUCCCCAGUAACCAGUGCUCUGCAGCUUCACCAUGGUGAUCGAAUCCUUUGGGGAAACAAUCACUUCUUUAGGAUUAAUCUUCCCAAGCGGCGGUGCCGGGGAGGAGAGGAUGAGGAGGGUGAGGGUGGUUUGAUGAAGAACAGCGGCAGUAAUGAGCAGCUGGAUGCAGACGGUGACACAGCCAGUGAAGUGUCCAGUGAAGUCAGCUUCUCUUAUGAGUUUGCACAAACAGAGGUCAUGAUGAAAGCCCUCGGCAGUAAUGACCCCAUGCAGGCAGUCCUCCAGUCCCUGGAGAGGCAGCACGAGGAGGAGAAGCGCACAGCCCUGGAGCGUCAGCGGCAAAUGUAUGAGCAGGAACUCCAGCAGCUUCGCAAGAAGCUGAACCCGGACCGUCUGUCUGUGGGCCCCUCUGGAGCCCCGGUGCCUGGACAGGGGCAGCAGUACAGGAGCACGGAGAGACUCAGCAUGGGGGGGAUGAGCCAUUCAGCCAGUGCCCAGAGCAGACUGAGGCAGUGGACUGAGGACAGGGAGGCAGUGUUGGUGAACAGCCUGAGGAGGUUGAGGGAGCAGAUAGUGAAGGCAAACCACUUGGUGCAGGAAGCCUGCUUUAUCUCUGAGGAGCUGGAGCGACACACAGAGUACAAAGUCACUCUCCAGAUCCCAUCUGAUAACCUCAACGCAAACCGAAAGAGAGAUGCUGUGCUCAGUGAGCCAGCAAUUCAGGUGCGACGACGUUGCAGAGGGAAACAGAUCUGGAGUUUGGAGAAGAUGGAGAACCGUCUGGUGGACAUGAGGGAGUUGUACCAAGAAUGGCAGGACUAUCACCAGAACCACAAUGAUAACCCAGUGAUGCGCUCAUACUUCCGCCGAGCCGACCCGUUCUUCGACGAACAGGAGAACCAUUGUUUGAUUGGUGUGGCCAACGUGUUUCUCUCCUGUCUCUUCUAUGACGUGAAGCUGCAGUACGCUAUUCCCAUUAUUAACCAAAAGGGAGAGGUUGCAGGACGUCUCCAUGUGGAGGUGGUGAGGGUGGGAGGAGGCCUGGAGGACAACAUAGCCGGGGGAGACGAAGUAGACAAUAACCAGGACACUGAGAUUCAGGAUCGUAAACUUGUGUGCAUGAUUAAGAUCCUGCAGGCCACAGGUCUCCCCCAGUUCCUGUCCAACUUUGUCUUCUGUCAGUACUCCUUCUGGGACCAGCCUGAGCCAGUCAUUGUGGCUCCUGAAGUUGACCCCGCCUCCUCAUCACCCAGCACCAAGGACCCACACUGUAUGGUGGUGUUUGACAGCUGCAAGGAACUGGCUGUGUCGGUGACUGAAGACUUCAUCGAGUACCUGACAGAGGGAGCAGUGGCCAUCGAGGUUUAUGGACACAGGCAGGCAGACGCUGGCAGAAACCCGGCCCUGUGGGACCUCAGCAUCAUCCAAGCCAAGACCAGAACACUACGGGACAGAUGGAGUGAAGUAACACGUCGCCUGGAAUUGUGGAUUCAAAUCCUGGAGAUAAAUGAAAAUGGAGAUUUUGUCCCAGUGGAAGUGGUUCCUGCCAGAGACGUACGGACUGGGGGGAUCUUUCAGCUUCGACAGGGUCAAUCGCGGAGAAUCCAGGUGGAUGUGCGUUCGGUGCAGGACUCGGGCACGAUGCCUCUCAUAUCAGAGAUUGUGCUGGCAGUGUCAGUAGGCUGUGUGGAAAUCAGGACCUCUGCUACAGACCAGGAAGCAGAUGAGAUGGACAGUUAUCAGGAACGAGACCUGGAGCGUUUGCGCAGACAGUGGCUCGCUGCUCUCACCAAGAGACAGGAAUACCUGGACCAGCACCUGCAGACCGUAGUCAGCAAAUCAGAAAAGUCAGAGGAUGACAUGGAGAGAGAGGCUCAGCUGCUUGAGUGGCGGUUAACAUUGACAGAAGAGAGAAAUGCCGUUAUGGUGCCCUCUGCUGGCAGUGGCAGUCCUGGAGCACCUGCUGAAUGGGUUCCUCUGCCAGGCAUGGAGACUCAUAUUCCCGUCCUCUUCCUAAACCUCAAACCUGAUGACCUCAGCUCUCAGGACCAGUUUGAGGUUCCUGAGGCCGGAGGAUGGGACGCCACUCUCAACGGAGAAGAUGAGGACGACUUCUUCGACCUGCAAAUUGUCAAACACUACGAUGGAGAGGUGAAAGCAGAGGCAUCCUGGGACUCUACUGUCCACGAGUGUCCUCAGCUCAGCCGUGGAGGGUCGUGGCCUGAGCAGCGUGUUUACCUGACGAUCAGAGUGGUGGUUCAGCUCAGCCACCCCGCCGACAUGCAGCUGGUUCUGAGGAAGAGAAUCUGUGUGAACGUCAACCCUGGUCGCCCAGGGUUCGCCCAAAACUUUCUCAGAAGGAUGUCCACCCGCAGCACCAUACCAGGCUGCGGCGUCACAUUCGAGGUGGUCUCCAACAUCCCCGGGGAUGCACCUGGAUCAGAGGACAGGGAGAUGUUGGCUCGACUCGCUGCCAACGCGCCCAACAGCCAAUCAGCUGACGAAGAGGCGGCCAUCGAGAAAUACCUCCGAAGUGUCAUGAGUCUGGAGAACAUCCUGACUUUGGACAGAUUAAGACAGGAAGUAGCAGUGAAGGAGCAGCUAGCUGGCAGAGGACGGAGCAACAGACGCAGCCUCAGCUCGCCCUCCGUCAACAGGCUUUCUGGUAGCAGACAAGAUUUGUCCACCACCUGCCUGCUGGAGGACAAGAGUCGAUGGGAGAGUCAGCAGGACAUCUUCCAGCCUCAGUUUCCCCGCACCCUUCCUCGUCCGGCCUCCUCCCCGUCCACCUACUGCUCCUCACUGUCCUCUUCUACCCUCCCCCUCAAUGUGCCUCCCCCACAGAGUCAGGAGCAAGAACAAGGUCGUUUAGGACUUGCUGCCUCUUAUUUUUCAGUUAAAGCGCUGGUCCCUCAGAUGCCCAAACUGCUCAAGUCUCUGUUUCCAGCACGGGAUGAUAAGAAGGAGCUGAGGCCAUCUCCACACAGCCAGCAGCACGUGCCUCGCAUCAUGACAUCAUCAGCUGGGGACGACAACAGAGUCAAGACGGACAUGCCCCCGACCAAAGACGGGCAGGCAGAGUUCCCAGAGGUCCCUCCUCUUCCUGUGCAUGACCCGCAUGACACCACCCCUCUCAGCCCCCUCAGCCAGUCUUCAAGCGGCUACUUCUCCACUAGUGUCUCUACAGCCACCCUGUCUGACGUUCUCCAACCUUCCUCCUCGUCUUCCUCCCUCCUGGCUGCUGAAACCACGAUAUCCUCAAACCUCCAGCAGCAGAGCACUGACAGGAACGAUGUUCUCACCUCUUCUUCUCAGUCUGUUGCCAGGACGGCUGCUGUACCUCCACCCCCUGCAGCCAGCCCUGCCAACCACAACAGUAUUGUAGCAGAAAACUCCUUCUCUAAACAAAGACUAAUAAAUUCAGGGGGAGGAGGAGGAGGAGCAGGAGGCGAGGGCUUUGAACGAUUAGAAAUCCUGCUGGAUGAAGAAGAGCGAAGUCCCAAUGAGGUUCUGCCCGACUGGCUGAAAGAUGGGGCGUACGUCACAGUGGGAAGCAAUAAAGCAGGAACGGUGCGCUUUGUGGGACAGACGCAGUUUGCUGAGGGAUUGUGGGUAGGGGUGGAGCUGGAUACUCCUGUAGGUAAGAACGACGGCUCAGUCGGAGGCCAUCGAUAUUUUCAUUGUAAACCUGGUUUCGGGGUGCUAGUUCGGCCAGAUCGCCUGUCCUGUAGAAACAAGACCGGUCGCAAUGCGAGCGACUUGGCCGCUCCAGCUCACGUCUCUGUCCUGCGAGGGGACAGCAGUGUUUCACGAAGAGGAGAGAACCGCAAAUCCUGGACCAGUUGAGAUUCAGAAACCAGGAGCAGGGUGAAGGAGAUGUGAACUCCUCCCAUUCUCCUCCUCCCCCUCCUCCACCUUCUCCUCUUCCUUUUCCUUCUAUUCCUCCUCGUCCGAGCCAUGCAACAGGAAAACGCAGCAUAACCGACUUACUGCCAACUUCCUCCAGUAGGAAACUGCACUUAGAGCAUUCACAGCUUACAGACGAGGGAAGUGAACUGAUGAAAGACUGUGCACAGGUUACAGAAGGUUCACAGAUGGACUGUGACGCACGAAGAUGGGGAACGAAUGGCCGUCAGUGAACAGGCUGCAUGGAAACGGACUGGGUCGGACACUGCACUACAGACAGGGCAGUGUGAUCUGUCUGGUGUUUUUCUGACACCAAGAUAGAAACUGGAUACACUUUAGAAAUAAGGCAAACCUCAGCGUGGUCCUCUACCACAUUUAUACCUGUAACCAGUUUCCACUCUUGGUUCUGUUGUCUCCCCCUGAGACCGUCAGCCCCAGACUGACACUCGUCCUCUUCUCUUGAACAUGGAUUCUCCCAAAAUGUGCCUUCACCACUGCUCGGUUGGCAUUUGUUUUCGUUUUUAUUGUUGUGUGUGUAUUUAAUUUGCGUUGGCCGUGUUUGUGCGCAGGAGAAUACCAUGUGUAAGUGUGAGGUGAUCUCAGGGACCGAAGAGGGGAAAACGGAAAGUUUGUGUGUUAUUUGUAAAUGUUGUACAGCGUCGAUCCAUCUGCACGAGUACGUGUUGUCGUCCUAGUCGUGUUGGUGUUUUGAAACAGAAGGAGAGCGUCCUCAUGGGACGACAAAGCCACUGUGGGAGAGACGGGACAUUUUACCGGGAUACUUUAAAAGUUGAUUUUGCACUGGAGGAGAAGUUUGUGUAUGUGAGCAGAACGUGCCUGUGGUUAGGACAGGUUGUGACAGUCACGGUUACUGCAGGCCUAGUCUUUCAGGACAGCAGGAGGCGCCAUCAGUUGUGUAUUGGUAGAAAUAGUUAAAGAGUGUAAGGAAAAGAAA